GCUCUGACUUCAGUUUCCGAGUCUUGUAUUUUGGUCACCGAAAAGUGUCCGCAUAGGCGACGCGGGUAUUUUGCGUCCCUGUAUAGCAUGAUUCCACCGCAUCGAGUUCGGUAGAUUCACGAGCCUCCGACGACGACGUAUUGACACGGUUACUGAAGAAUCGUGAGAACCUUCAGCUUUUGGAGUUCACUGCCAGCGCACACCGGCACCGCACAGCCCAGCUUGAACACCACCUCCACCACGGCAUAGACAUGACGAAGAAGGUGCCUCCAUUAGCGAGACGCCAAGCCAGCCGGUUUAGCUUCAAGCUUCUCAUUCUCUUCUGCGUCUCUCUCUUUCUCUGCGCCUUCGCUUUCUUCAAGCUUCACUCCCAAUCAGAACUCACUUCGUCCGCUCCAUAUUCUCGGAGGAGAUCCCGAAUUUCACUUGAGACCUUCGAUGGCCCUCCCAAGAUUGCCUUCAUGUUCCUCGUCCGCCGCGAACUCCCUCUCGAUUUUCUCUGGGAAACCUUCUUCGAGAACGGUGAUGUCGCUAAUUUCUCCAUUUAUAUUCAUUCGGCGCCUGGGUUUGUGUUCGAUGAAUCUACCACGAGGUCGCACUUCUUUCACGAUCGACAAUUGAGUAAUAGCAUUCAGGUUUUAUGGGGCGAAUCGAGUAUGAUUCAGGCUGAAAGGUUGUUACUAGAUGCAGCUUUGGAAGACCCUGCAAAUCAAAGAUUUGUUCUUCUCUCUGACAGUUGUGUCCCUCUAUACAACUUUACCUUUGUUUACAAUUAUGUCAUGGGUUCACCAAGGAGCUUCGUGGACAGCUUUCUUGAUGUCAAGGAGGGCCGCUACAACCCAAAAAUGUCACCUAAAUUACCAAGAGAAAGAUGGCGUAAAGGGUCACAGUGGAUCACCUUGAUUCGUAGCCAUGCGGAAGUCAUUGCGGAUGAUGAAGUUGUCUUUCCAGUUUUUAAAAAAUAUUGCAAGCGACGCCCACCAGUAGAUGCCAGAAAGGGAAAGCUGAAUCUUAAACUUCAGAAGCAACACAACUGUAUCCCAGAUGAACACUAUGUCCAGACAUUGCUUGCAAUGCAUGGCCUUGAAGGUGAGCUUGAAAGAAGAACGUUAACCUAUACAGUGUGGAACGAGUCUGCAACAAAAUUGGAGAAUAAAGGGUGGCAUCCUAUGACCUUCGGCUAUGCAGAUGCUAGCCCUGAAAGAAUAAAGGAAAUAAAGGGCAUCAAUCAUAUAUAUUUUGAGACUGAGUACCGGACAGAAUGGUGCCGUAACAAUUCAACAUCCGUUCCUUGUUUUUUAUUUGCUAGGAAAUUCUCUCAGGGAGCUGCUAUGCGCCUGUUGAGUGAUGACUCGGUUGGCCACUCUGAAGUUUCUUCAUUGUUAGACAGUCGGCCAUGACUUGAUCCGUAUGAUCAUGAAGCACUCUAGCCAUAUACUAACUCACACAAUAUACUUCGGACGCCAGAUGGGGCUAUUUCUAGUUUAAAGACAGCUUACACUGCCCCAGAUUUUGCAGGUACAAAGGGAUGAGAUAUAGCUGCUGCUGAAAUAGUUAAAUUCAGAAAUAAGUAAAUACGGUUGAUAGUAAUAGGCUGAUAAAGAUCAUUUGCUGCUGAAAUAGUUCAGUUCAGCAGUAAGUAGGAACGGUUAGUGGUAAAAAGCAGAUAAAGAUCAUUUUAUCUUGCCUUGUAGAGAGGUUUCAUACAACUACCUCAAUUGUAGAACAGCGAUCUGUUAUAUGAAUUAGUAAUUUUUGAGAUAAAAAAGGUUUUAAAAAUUUCUGAAAAA